GUCGGCAAACCGGAAGUUGAUCUCAUUAGCCAGCAAACAGAUGUUGAGCAUGACUUUAUCUUGGUGUGAAAAUGUCCAGGAAGACAAGAAAUGUGGGAAGUCUUGACCGGCGACAUGAGACAACUUGUGUCCUUCUUCAUCGGCCUGUCUGCAGCCUUGGUGCAGGCCCAGGACCAAGUCCAGAUCCAGUUCCAGACUGACCCCGUCUUGGUCCUAACCGGCACGGAGAUCCAGUUCACGGUGCUGACCACUCCCAACGUGCUGUCCAUGACCUGGCUCUACGAGGGGAACACCUUGGGCCUGUGGGUCGGGGGCGGGCCCGUCAUCAACGAUGUGCCGCAGUUCCGCGGCCGGGUCACCAUCACGGCCACGCAGCUGCGUAUCGGCAGCGCCCAGCUUGAGGACGCGGGGGCGUACACGGUGCAGGUGGAACCUCUCGCCUCCACUGGCAUGACGGGGAACUCUAGACCGGUUCAGCUGAGGGUUUUUGAGGCAGUGGCCGGCGUGAGUCUCUCCGUGCCGUCGGUGGCGGUGGAGGGGGGGAACAUCACGCUGACGUGCACCUCGGGCGGCACGGAGAUCAGUUUUCAGUUCGGGAAAGGGGGCGUGGCCGUGGCCGAAGACUCCAGGAUCACCAUCGUGGACGGCGUGCUGAUCAUCAACCCGGGACAGCGCGGCGACGCCGGCGACUACACGUGUACUGUCAGCAACCCGCUCAGCGCCCUCACCGCCUCCAGGAGUCUCACCGUCUUCUUCGGACCCGACACCCCGGUCCUCACCAAGGACGCCCCCAAGGACUGCGUCGGGAGCCCAGACGUCCAGGUGGGCCAGACCUUGCGUCUCACCUGCAUGUCCGACUCCCUGCCUCCCGCCCUCUUCACUUGGCAACGGGACGGCGAGCCGGUGGCGUCGGCGCAGCCCGACAGCGGCGUGCUCAGCGUGCCAACCUCCUCCACGGGCGACGGCGGCCGCUUCACCUGCGCGGCCAGGAACGCGGUGACGGGCGGCACGUCUGAGCAGGCCACUGACGUGUCCGUGGAAAACACGUGCCUGGACGUGGGCGAAGUGGUGGGCAUCGUGAUUGGCAGCUUGGUGCUGCUCCUCAUCCUGGUGCUGCUCUUGGUGCUGCUGGUGUGUCUGGUGCUGAGGAGGCGGGCGCGACGAAGGCGAGCAGCAGAAGCGGUGCUGGUGCAGAAGAACCGCACAAAUCCUCGGCCAAUACCUCCACUUGUACCAGCUAAUGGCGCCAGGGAUCUGGGCCAAGGUCCAAACCCUCCCGUCUUUCAAUCAAGCUCCCAGGCCCGCCGCCCCCGGCUGCAGGCGGGCGGCGCCUUGCAGGCGUCGCCGCCGACUGAUGGGCGGUGGCAGAACGGCACCACGCGCGACGGCGUGGACAACCCGGCGUUCACACGGGACGACCCGCGCCCGACCAAUCCCAACAUUUUCAUCCAGACGGGCGGCGCUGGAAGCGGCGGGCAGCCUGGGGCGGUCCAGCUCAGCCUCAACGCGCUGCCGCAAGGUGGCCAGCAGAACAACACGCCCAUGCCCACCAUUCAUGUCAACCUCAACCCUUUCCCUGCCAGCGGCCCGCAGGAAGUGACCAGAAUCAAUGCUACUAAUAAUACUAAUGAUAAAUAUCCAGGCUGGCAGAACAGCAACGGAGCCACAAGUCAACAGACCGUCUUGGUCCCGCCUUCCUCGCACACUGCUCAGCGCAAUGCAAACACGCAGACCUACCAGCAGGAGGCGGAGCUCCGCAAUAGCCCCGCCCACCGUCAGAUGCCAUGGGAUCGUUUGCGAGGAACGCCGGCGUAUCCCAGAGCCCAGUCGUCAGACGACUACACCAGCCACGCACCUCUGCAGCACACGCGGGAUCGUAACCCCUUCACGCGACCUUCCAGGACCAGGAGCCACUCGGCCGAUGUCUGGGACACUCGCACCCUCCCAGUCCCGCAGCUGGAACCCGCCAAACACUCGCCUAAAAGACCCCCUUCGCAAAGGGAGCGGUCCCAGGAGGACCUGAGGGCCCGGGGUCAAAGCACCAACCCUUUUGUGAGGCAGGCGGCAGGAGAGCCACUGGGCGUUGAUACCAGAGCUAUGGCCGACCCCAACCACCUCCUGCUGGUGCAAACGCCACAAGGUCUGGCUGACCCCAACCACCUCCUGCUGGUGCAAACGCCACAAGGUGCAAACGCUCCGGGUCAAGGUGCCGGUCCACCUCGCCAGUCCGCCACAGCUGCGGUCCCCAAGCAGCCUCAGUCCAGCGCCCUCACCCAGGCGGUGCUGAAAGCCCACACCGCCCAGGCGCAGGCCUUCCAGAACCGGAAGCAACAAACCCUCGCCGCCUUGCAUCACCCUGGCACGCAGACUCAAGCCCCCGCCGCCGAUGGGUCCUCGCGUCCCCCAACCCCUCCUACCGUCAUCCCGCUAACCCACUUCCAGAGUCUUCCCAGGACCCGACACAAGUCAUCGCCAACACGAGGACCUCAUCAGCAGCCACAGCGACGCCCGCACCACCGACCUGGACACCACCACCACCACCACACUGCAAACGUGGCGACUCAGGGCCACGCCCACACACGCCAGGCUCAGCGGGGGGCGCCCAGGUGGUGACAGGCUCCUCCCCUCGCAGCUGCCACGCUUUUUUGUGGCCUGGCAUUUGUCAUGAGAAGAUGGCCGCCACGCACUGUAAGCCGCUCUCUACAGCAGUGUUUGCCAACCUUUUUUGAGACUAGGCACAUUUUUAUCCAUUUAAAAAUCCGGAGGCACACCACCAGCAGAAAACAUUAAAGGGGAACAUUAUCAGCAGACCUAUGUAAGCGUCAAUAUAUACCUUGAUGUUGCAGAAAAAAGACCAUAUGUUUUUUUUAACCGAUUUCCGAACUCUAAAUGGGUGAAUUUGGCGAUUUAAACGCCUUUCAAUUGUUCGCUGUCGGAGCGAUGACCUUUCACCCGUUACUUUACAACGGGAAGCAAUCCGCCAUUUUCUCAAACACAUUACACACACAAGUCAAAUCAGCUCUGCUAUUUUCCGUUUUUUCGACUGUUUUCCGUACCUUUGAGACAUCAUGCCUCGUCGGUGUGUUGUCGGAGGGUGUAACAACACGAACAGGGACGGAUUCAAGUUGACUUACGUGGAGUGUGAUAAUCAGACAUAUCAAUGGUCACGGCAUGCUAAUCGAUGCUAACACGCUAUUUAGGCUAGCUGUAUGUAUAUAUUGCAUCAUUAUGCCUCAUUUGUAGCUAUAUUUGCAUCCAGCCUUUCCCUCCACCCACAUUUAAUGCCAAACAAACACAUACCAAUCGACGGAUUCAAGUUGCUCCAGUGUCAAAAGAUGCGAAAGUCCCUCGUUUGUUCUGCACAUUUUACCGAUGAUAGCAAUGCUACGACAGAGAUGUGUGGAUAUCCUGCGACACUCAAAGCAGAUGCAUUUCCAACGAUAAAGUCAACAAAAUCACGAAAGGUGAGUUUGAGUAUGAAGGGAUCCAAACAGACUAAAAAGGGAUCCAAGCAGACUAAGAAGGGAUCCAAACAGACUAAGAAGGGAUCCAAGCAGACUGUGAAGGGAUCCAAACACACUAAGAAGGGAUCCAAACAGACUAUGAAGGGAUCCAAACAGACUAUGAAGGGAUCCAAACAGACUAUGAAGGGAUCCAAACAGACUAUGAAGGGAUCCAAACAGACUAUGAAGGGAUCCAAACAGACUAUGAAGGGAUCCAAACAGACUAUGAAGGGAUCCAAGCAGACUAAGAAAGAAGGGAUCCAAGCAGACUAAGAAGGGAUCCGAGCAGACUAAGAAGGGAUCCAAACAGACAAUGAAGGGAUCCAAACAAACUAAGAAGGGAUCCAAGCAGACUAAGAAAGAAGGGAUCCAAACAGACUAUGAAGGGAUCCAAGCAGACUAAGAAUGGAUCCAAACAGAUUAUGAAGGGAUCCAAACAGACUAAAAAGGGAUCCAAGCAGACUAAAAAGGGAUCCAAACAGACUAAGAAGGCAUCCAAGCAGACUGUGAAGGGAUCCAGACAGACUAUGAAGGGAUCCAAACAGACUAUGAAGGGAUCCAAACAGACUAUGAAGGGAUCCAAGCAGACUAUGAAGGGAUCCAAGCAGACUAAGAAGGGAUCCAGGCAGACUAAGAAGGGAUCCAGGCAGACUAAAAAGGGAUCAAAACAGACUAAGAAGGGAUCCAAACAGACUAUGAAGGGAUCCAAGCAGACUAUGAAGGGAUCCAAGCAGACUAAGAAGGGAUCCAAGCAGACUAAGAAGGGAUCCAAACAGACAAUGAAGGGAUCCAAACAGACUAUGAAGGGAUCCAAGCAGACUAAGAAAGAAGGGAUCCAAGCAGACUAAGAAGGGAUCCAAACAGACUAAAAAGGGAUCAAAACAGACCAAGAAGGGAUCCAAACAGACUAUGAAGGGAUCCAAGCAGACUAUGAAGGGAUCCGAGCAGACUAAGAAGGGAUCCAAACAGACAAUGAAGGGAUCCAAACAAACUAAGAAGGGAUCCAAGCAGACUAAGAAAGAAGGGAUCCAAACAGACUAUGAAGGGAUCCAAGCAGACUAAGAAGGGAUCCGAGCAGACUAAGAAGGGAUCCAAACAGACAGUGAAGGGAUCCAAACAAACUAAGAAGGGAUCCAAGCAGACUAAGAAAGAAGGGAUCCAAACAGACUAUGAAGGGAUCCAAGCAGACUAAGAAUGGAUCCAAACAGAUUAUGAAGGGAUCCAAACAGACUAAAAAGGGAUCCAAGCAGACUAAGAAGGGAUCCAAACAGACUAAGAAGGCAUCCAAGCAGACUGUGAAGGAAUCCAGACAGACUAUGAAGGGAUCCAAACAGACUAUGAAGGGAUCCAAACAGACUAUGAAGGGAUCCAAGCAGACUAUGAAGGGAUCCAAGCAGACUAAGAAGGGAUCCAAACAGACUAUGAAGGGAUCCAAGCCGACUAUGAAGGGAUCCAAACAGACUAUGAUGGGAUCCAAGCAGACUAAGAAGGGAUCCAAACAGACUAUGAAGGGAUCCAAGCAGACUAAGAAGGGAUCCAAACAGACUAUGAAGGGAUCCAAGCAGACUAAGAAGGGAUCCAAGCAGACUAUGAAGGGAUCCAAGCAGACUAAGAAGGGAUCCAAACAGACAAUGAAGGGAUCCAAACAGACUAUGAUGGGAUCCAAGCAGACUAAGAAAGAAGGGAUCCAAGCAGACUAAGAAGGGAUCCAAGCAGACUAAGAAGGGAUCAAAACAGACUAAGAAGGGAUCCAAACAGACUAUGAAGGGAUCCAAGCAGACUAUGAAGGGAUCCGAGCAGACUAAGAAGGGAUCCAAACAGACAAUGAAGGGAUCCAAACAAACUAAGAAGGGAUCCAAGCAGACUAAGAAAGAAGGGAUCCAAACGGACUAUGAAGGGAUCCAAGCAGACUAAGAAGGGAUCCAAACAGAUUAUGAAGGGAUCCAAACAGACUAAAAAGGGAUCCAAGCAGACUAAGAAGGGAUCCAAGCAGACUAAGAAGGGAUCCAAGCAGACUGUGAAGGGAUCCAAACAGACUAAGAAGGGAUCUAAAUAGACUAUGAAGGGAUCCAGACAGACUAUGAAGGGAUCCAAACAGACUAUGAAGGGAUCCAAACAGACUAUGAAGGGAUCCAAGCAGACUAUGAUGGGAUCCAAGCAGACUAUGAAGGGAUCCAAGCAGACUAAGAAGGGAUCCAAACAGACUAAAAAGGGAUCAAAACAGACUAUGAAGGGAUCCAAGCAGACUAAGAAGGGAUCCAAGCAGACUAAGAAGGGAUCCAAACAGACAAUGAAGGGAUCCAAGCAGACUAUGAAGGGAUCCAAGCAGACUAAGAAGGGAUCCGAGCAGACUAAGAAGGGAUCCAAACAGACAAUGAAGGGAUCCAAACAAACUAAGAAGGGAUCCAAGCAGACUAAGAAAGAAGGGAUCCAAACAGACUAAGAAGGGAUCCAAGCAGACUAAGAAGGGAUCAAACAAAUUGGAUGGCAGCGUAUUAAUUAAAAGCUUUGAUGUGACUUGAAUGAGUUGUAAAAUAAUCACAGCCACGCAUGAGUGAGGCCAGCAGCUGAAAAAGACAAUUUAGUGUCUGGGAUGUCGUUAUUACCUGCAGGCUGUUUAUUGAUUGUCUUUCUCUUACUCAGGAUGUGCUUUGCCAAGGAAUAUUUAUUUUAAUAACUUUUAUUGACAUUUGUUUUUUAACUGCCAAAAACUUCAAACUGCCGACAAUGAAGGUUUCAUGUUCGUUUUGUCCUAUUUCCUACUGUUACUUUCUGCUUUCAUGCAAGAACCCUAUUGAUUUUAACACAUUUUUUGUGUUCAGAGUUCACAUUUUAUUACAGGCCCACAAUCCUCAUGCUUCUGUGCUAUCAGUGUGUGCAAUGCAAGAAUGCUACCGACUUUAAAUGCUACCUUUUUCCCAAGAUCUGUAAGAUAACUUAUUUUGUUUAAGAGCAAGAAUUGUACUGAUUUUAAAGGCUUGCUGGUCCAAUGAAAAAAGUGAGCGGUUUCUGUGUGUCUGACAAGACUUCUAUGCAUCUUUUAUGCAGCGAGCUUCACUGCUGGUGAGGCACUGAUGUUAUUUUUAGUGUCUUUCUCUUUCCAUGGAGAGGAAGUGAAGAGAUGUGUGUUUUUGUCUCAUCACGUUGUGUUGUCGUCACCUGAGAGAAGUGCUGCUUGACACCUCACUCUGCACGCAAGAUGAAGUUGCACACCUGUGCACACCUGUGACGAGUCCUCCAAGGCUCUUCAGGGCGGUGGAGAGUGUUGGCCGAGGAGGUGGAGAGCACCAGGAGAGGCCAGGGGGAUUUGUGUGAAGUUGUAGUUGCGUUAUUUGCAGAGGUAGCGACUUUGUUGAGUGUCUUUUUUACGUGACGAGACUGACUGCUGCUGCUGUUGUUGAAUAUUUGCAUGAAAUCUGCUGCUUGACUCUGAUGGAGGGGGACAUCUCAACCUAUGUAGCCAUGAAUGUUCCUUUGAUGUGUGUGUGUGUACGUGUACGUGCGUGCAUUUGCACGAGUACGUGUCGUGUACGUGUGUGUGUGUGCGUUUGUGUACGUGCGUAUGUGUAUGUGUACAUGCGUCUGUAUUUGCACGAGUAUGUGUGUGUGGAUGUGUACAUGAGUGUGUACGUGUCCAUGUGUGCGCACGAGUAAAUGCGUGUACGUGUAAGAAUACGUGUGUGAACGAGUAUGUGUGUGCACGAGUAUGUUAGUGUAUGUGUAAGAAUACGUGUGUAAGUGUGCAUGUAUGUGUGUGUACGUGUGUGUGUGCAUGAGUAUGUGUCCAUGUAUGUGUGUGUACGUGUGUGUGCAUGUGUGUGUGCAUGAGUACGUGUGAAUGUAUGUGUGUGUAUGUGUGAGUGCACAAGUACAUGUGCGUGUAUGUGUAAGAAUACGUGUGUGUGUGUACGUGUGCAUGUAUGUGUGUGUAUGUGUACGUGUGUGCGCACGAGUAAAUGUGCGUGUACGUGUAAGAAUAUGUGUGUGUACGGGUACGUGUUAGUGUACGAGUAUGUUUUCCUGUAUGUGUGUGUACACGUGUGUGCAUGAGUAUGUGCAAGAAUACGUGUGUGUGUGUUUAAGUGUGCAUGUAUGUGUGUGUACGUGUGUGUGUGUGCAUGAAUAUGUGUGCAUGUAUACGUGUGUACGUGUGUGUGCAUGAGCACGUGUGCAUGUAUGUGUGUGUGGGUACGUGUGCGUGUAUGUGAGUGCACGAGUACAUGUGCGUGUGUGUGUGCACGUGUGCGUGUAUGUGUGAGUGCACAAGUACAUGUGCGUGUGUCUGUGUAAGAAUACGUGUGUGCACGUGUGCGUGUAUGUGUAAGAAUAUGUGUGUGUGUACACGUGUGCAUGUAUGUGUGUGUACGAGUGUGUAGAUGUGUCCGUGUACAUGAGUGUGUACGUGGACAUGUGUGUGCACGAGUAAAUGUGCGUGUACGAGUAUGUAUGUGUGUGUAUGUGUGAGUGCACGAGUAUGUGCGUGUAUGUGUAAGAAUACGUGUGUGUGUUUAAGUGUGCAUGUAUGUGUAUGUACGUCUGUGCAUGAGUAUGUGUGCAUUCAUGUGUGUGUACGUCUGUGUGCAUGAGUACGUGUGCAUGUAUGUGUGUGUGUGGGUACGUGUGCGUGUAUGUGUGAGUGCAUGAGUACAUUUGUGUGUACGUGUAAGAAUACGUGUGUGUGUGUGUGUACGAGUGCGUGUAUGUCUGAGUGCACGAGUACAUGUGCGUGUAUGAGUAAGAAUACUUGUGAGUGUGCGUGUGUGUGGAUGUGUCCGUGUACAUGAAUGUGUACGUGUACAUGUGUGUGCACGAGUAAAUGUGCGUGUACGUGUAAGAAUGUGUGUGUAGGAGUACGUGUUAGUGUACGAGUAUGUUUGCGUGUAUGUGUGUGUACGUGUGUGCAUGAGUAUGUGCGUGUACGUGUAAGAAAAUGUGUGUGUGUGUACGUGUGUGUGUGUGCAUGAGUAGGUGUGCUUGUGUAUGUGUGAGUGCACGAGUACAUGUGUGUGUAUGUGUAAGAAUGCGUGUGUGUGCGUGUGCAUGUUUGUGUACGUAUGUGUGCACGAGUACGUAUGUGUGUGCGUGUAUGUGAGAGUCCACGAGUACAUGUGCGUGUAUGUGUAAGAAUACCUGUGUGUGUACGUGCGUAUGUGCGUGUGCAUGCGUGCGUGUAUAUGCGUGCAUGAUUACGUCUCGUGGAUGUGUCCGUGUACAUGUGUGUGUACAUGUACGUGUGUGCACGAAUGUGUAAGAAUACAAGUGUAUGUGUGUGUGCGUGUAUGUGUCUGUGUCUGUGUUCAAGUGCUUGUACGUGUAAGAAUACGUGUGCGUAUACGUGUGCAUGUACAUGUGUGUGCACGAGUGUGUGUAUGUGUGUAUGUGUAAGAAUGUGUGUGUGUGUACGUGUGCAUGCACAAGUUCGUGUCUGUCUAUUUCCAUGAGUAUGUGUGCAUGUAUGUGUGUACGUGUGUGUGAGUGUACAUGUAUGUGUGAGUGCCCGAGUACAUGUGCGUGUAUGUGUAAGAAUACCUGUGUGUGUGCUUGUGUGCGUGUAUGUGUAAGAAUAUGGGUGUGUGUGUGUGUGUGUGUGUGUGUAUGUCUACGUGUGUGUGUGAACAUGUGUGUGUGUAUACGUGUAAGAAUACGUGUGCGUGUCUGUGUAAGAAUAUGUGUGUGUGUGUGAACAUGUGUGUGUGUGUAUAUGUGUAAGAAUAUGUGUGCGUGUGUAUACGUGUAAGAAUACGUGUGGGUGUGUGUGUAAGAAUAUGUGUGUGUGUGUGAACAUGUGUGUGUGUAUACGUGUAAGAAUAUGUGUGCGUGUGUGUGUGUGAACAUGUGUGUGUGUGUAUACGUGUAAGAAUACAUGUGCGUGUGUGUGUAAGAAUAUGUGCGUGUGUGUGUGAACAUGUGUGUGUGUAUACGUGUAACAAUAUGUGUGCGUGUGUGUGUGUGUGAACAUGUGUGUGUGUGUAUACGUGUAAGAAUACAUGUGCGUGUGUGUGUAAGAAUAUGUGCGUGUGUGUGUGUGUGUGAACAUGUGUGUGUGUAUACGUGUAAGAAUAUGUGUGCGUGUGUGUGUGUGAACAUGUGUGUGUGUGUAUACGUGUAAGAAUACGUGUGUGUGCUCCCCUUCCAAAGUCAAGCCUCAUCCCACUCAGCAUUGGUAAAUAUUUAUGGAGUUUUGACUGCGGCUGGACACUAUUUUGAUGUUCCGGUUCAUGGACGCCGGCGGAUCAAAGAACGUGGGAAAGGAAAUGCAGGUUGGAGAAUGCUAAGUGACGCAGCGCUGACGUGAACAUCAAUCAUCAUCAUCAUCCCAGCAAGUUUUAUUUUGGAAACUAUAAAAGUGUUUGCCAUGAAUAAUGCAGCAGAUGAUCAUUCAGGGGAAAGAAAUAGCCCGAUAAGUUGGUACAGUGCGAGUAGUAAUGGAUUAAACCACCUUUGAAACUUAAAAGCCUGCUCAAUUGA